AUGGAUUAUAACAAUUUUGGAAGUAGUGCUAAUAAAAGAUUUCAAGAUGAUACACUAAACAGAGUUAGAAAAGAGCAUCAAGAAGCUCUGAAGAAGUUACGUGAAGAGAACUUUAAUUCAAACACAUCAAACUUAGGAAGUAAGAAACAAUACAAAGCACAGGAAAGAAUGAGCCCACCUUUACGUAGACUGUCUCCUGUGAAUAACCCAGAAAAUAAGAAAAUGAGAAGUCCAUUAGAUGAUAAGCUCAGAAGACAAUUAAGGGAAGGCAAUACACGACUACCUCCUCCAUCGUUCUCCAGUUAUGGAGCGCCUUCAAACAACGGUUCCAAUCUGGAUAGGAUAAGAAGAAGAACCAGCUCACCCGUGAGGAGCGAGCGGUUCACAGCACAAGAUGUAAUAGAUGAUCAAAGAUUAGAAAUAAAAUAUCUGGAGCGUAUUGUACAUGAUCAAGGCUCAGUCAUCGAUGACCUAACAUCAAGGAUAACGAGAUUGGAAUCCGUUAUGUUGAAUUCUGCUUCAGACAGAGGACAAAGCAAUUUUAAUGCUGUCGAACAUUCUAACUCAUUUUCCGGGUUUCCUACAAAUAAGACGUAUGACUUACAAAUGGGUGGACUAUAUGAAAACGAAAUGCCUUAUCGAAGGGGUAGCGACAACAUCAAAAGAGAAAGACCGAGAGUUAAUCGAUCUUCACCAAUCCAUAUUGAAAACGAAAGUACUGAAGAUAUAUUAAAAAUUUUAUCAUCGUCCUUCCAUGACUGA